AUGGCAGGAAACCUGUCCCUGUGGAUUUCCACUCCUGUGGCUCCUUUACAGAACACCUCUGUCUUCUCCCUGCUCAACUCAUCUGCGCCGCCCUCCGCUCCGCCCUGGGCGGCUCCGUCCUUCACUGUGGCGGCCCGCUGCCGUGUAGCCGCCACCCUGGUGCUGUUCGCCUUUGCUGCCAUCAGUAACCUGUCAGUCCUCAUCAGUGUGUGCUGGGGGCGGGGCUAUCGCCUGGCAGCACACCUCCGCCCGCUCAUUGCCAGUUUGGCGUCAGCCGAUCUGAUGAUGACCUUUGUGGUGAUGCCACUGGAUGCCAUUUGGAACAUUACGGUACAGUGGUAUGCCGGGGAUGUCAUGUGUAAGUUGCUGUGUUUCCUCAAGCUCUUUGCCAUGCACUCGGCUGCAUUCAUACUGGUGGUGGUGAGUCUGGACCGCUACCGGGCCAUCCUCCAUCCUUUGGACUCUCUCGAUGCUGGGCUCAGGAACAGACGCAUGCUGCUGGUGGCCUGGACUCUGAGUGUGCUGCUGGCCUCUCCCCAGCUCUUCAUCUUUCGGGCCAUUAAGGCCGAUGGGGUGGACUUCACUCAGUGUGUGACCCAUGGAAGUUUCCAGCAUCGAUGGCAGGAGACAGCAUACAACAUGUUUCACUUUGUGACGCUGUAUGUCUUCCCCCUGCUUGUCAUGACUUUCUGCUACACCCGCAUCCUCACCAAGAUCAAUGGGCAGAUGCACAAGAGCAAAGAUGGCGAGCACUGCCUGAGACGCAGUGGAACAGACAUGAUACCGAAAGCCCGGAUGAAGACCCUCAAGAUGACCAUUGUGAUUGUUAGCUCCUUUGUCAUCUGCUGGACACCCUACUACCUCCUGGGGAUCUGGUACUGGUUCCAACCAGCAAUCAUCCAGCGCACACCGGAGUACAUACACCACAUACUGUUUGUCUUUGGCAACCUGAACUCGUGCUGCGACCCUGUCAUCUACGGCUUCUACACGCCGUCGUUCCGGGCCGACCUCGCCGACGUGGUGGCGUGCUGCCGCAGCCGCCAAAGCGGCGACGCCUCGCCUCGCUCUGUGGAUCACCUGUCUGCUAAAAACGCCCGAGCCUCUCGAGAGAUGGAGUCCGAUCUGAGCUCAAACCAGCACAGCGGGAAUCCCAGUUAA